GGAGCUCUCCUCACAGCUUCCCCUACACAACUCUCUCAAGGACUUCUUCACUCAAGCCUCUCCUUUGAAGACUUCACCAACAACCUCAAGGCUACCAUAGGGAUAAGCUAGGGUUAUUAUUAGAUUGGAGAGCAUUCCUUGCUUGGUCUAACCCUACUAUAAUAGUCUUGGUUGUUACACUGUCCCCCCUUCCGACAACCCCUCUAAGGAUUCCUCGCUCUCUCCUCUGCCUGCUCUUCCCUCUGUCCGACGGAGUCUGUGUCUGCUUUCGACUCGUCUCAGCUUUUGUUAGCUGUUUUCAUGGCAUCCUAUGUCUACCCUUCGGUUUCUGAAGCCCGUCGCAUGUGGGAACUCCAAUGCGUGAUCCAGAAGCAGGUUGUGCCGCUGAGCUCGUCAACUCGCAAUUCAGCGAUGACGCGACCAGCAUUGUAAGCGGCAUCAGUUGCUGUGGUAACAUUUCAAACGGGGUCAGCAGCAUCGUCAGCAGCUGUGAUGUUAGCAGCAACGGUGAUGUGAUGUCAUCAGCUGGGGAUACAAUGGCGAUCGCUGUUGUCAACUUGGCUUCAAGGACGGAUGAUUUUAGCUCAUCAGCUGUGGAGACAAUGGCGACUCCUGCUGUGAAGCUCACUGCAAGGACGUGUGACUCAGCGCGAACUAGCAAGUCCCUUGCAAGAAAGGCAGCAGCAAGUGCCAGCCUGCUACCAUCCCUCAUCCCCAAGCCACGACCAGCCAGAAAAGCAGCUACUGCAGCGGAAACAUCAUCAAAUGUCGACCUUGUUGUGGUGGCGCAUCCUGCAGCUACAUUAGGUAGCAGAGCAAGGCAGCAGCAGAAGAGGAAUGGCAGUGUGGGAUGCAGAGGAAGGCAGUCCGCCAGGGCGACCAAGGCAGAAGCAACGAGGCCUCAUUGGAGACCUUGAGACCUGCUGUAUGGUCGCAGCAAGCAAGCACUGCGAGUUGGAGAGUGGAUUGAUGGGGGGAGAGAGCACAGAGCAGCAAAGCUACUGAUGGACAAGAGGUGGGGUGUUGGGAAUGCGGAGAUACGAGAGGCGACCUUUUUUGCAUCCUGCUGGAAAGGGUGUUUUAGGCUGGUUGGUGGUUUGUUGAGUGUGGUGUUUUAGGCUGGUUGGUGGUUUGUUGAGUGUGUUGUUUUAGGCUGGUUGGUGGUUUGUUGAGUGUGGUGUUUUAGGCUGGUUGGUGGUUUGUUGAGUGUGGUGUUUUAGGCUGGUUGGUGGUUUGUUGAGUGUGGUGUUUUAGGAUGGUUGGUGGUUUGUUGAGUGUGGUGUUUUAGGUUGGUUGGUGGUUUGUUGAGUGUGGUGUUUUAGGCUGGUUGGUGGUUUGUUGAGUGGUGUUUUAGGCUGGUUGGUGGUUUGUUGAGUGUGGUGUUUUAGGCUGGUGGGUGGUUUGUUGAGUGUGGUGUUUUAGGCUGGUUGGAUGAUCUGGAACAGAUGGCUGAAGCUGCUCAUGUGCUCUUAUCGAGACUGAAGGUUGUGUCAACUUAAACAUACU